UCUGCCCUAAUUGAGGCUUGAACCAGUGAUCUUUGCCUCACAAUAGUGUUCUGAGAGUAAGUCUGUACAAACUGUGCUACCAGAAUCCAAAACCUAAGCAUUGUAACGCUCAUCCUAGCUGUUACAACACUAUAUCAAGCCAGUCAGUGGCCCAGGUAUAUGUACACAGAUGGUUUGAUUCACCUUUUAUUUCACUCAAAUGGCUCCAUAUUAUCCAAUAAUAUAUGUGAUCGAGAUAUUAUAUAAUCUUUCCUAACAGAGACUUGAAACAGAUACCUUCAGCUUGUGACAAUGGUUUGAGACCGAUGCUUUAUUGAGUAUCAAAAUUCAAGUCCCAGAUAACCCUCAUUUCAACUGUUACUCGUAAGAGUAUUAUGUAAUCAAGUCCAAAUGGCUAGAGGACGCUACACCGUGCUGUAUGUUGAUGGCUGAGAGUAUAAUGUGUGAGGGUUGAUUGUUGAUGGCUAAGAGGAUACUGUACUGUGUAUUGGUGGCUGAAGGAUGCCAACUAGUGUUAUAGGUUCUGUGUCUUCUAUAAGUAAAGGCUUAUUGUAACUAUCAAGUUGAGGUUUACCUGUUUAGGAUUUGAGUUCGAGUACAUGUAGCUUAGUUGGUAGAGAAUUGAUCUCAAAACACUUGAAUGAUUGAGAGUCUUCCGUUCGAGCCUCAAUCAGGUUUGAUCAUUUGAGAAUUUUACAUCAUGCCUAAAAAGAUGGGUACCAAUACCAAGGCUGUGGAAGCUAGAGCACGAAAGGAAGAAGCAAAGAGGGCAGAAAAGGAGAAAAAAGAAAAGGCAGCAGAAGAUGCAUUAUGGGAAGAUAAUGAUAAAUAUGUUGUCAGAAAACAAAAAAGAAAGGAAGAAAAAGAAAAGAAAAAACAAGAACAAUCUGAAAGAAAAACUGCAAACAAAGUAGCUCUUCAAGAAGAAAUGGAAAAUCUCAAGUCAGAAAACAAAUAUCAACUCCCAAAAGUUACUCGAGCUGAUAUUUCUAAGGUUUUGGAACAAGAAACAGAAAAGAAAAACGCAAAGAAAAAUAUAACACCCAAUGAAUCACCAUUAGAAGAAAAUAUAAACAGACUUCCUACAGAAGGAGAAGAAGCAAGAUCGGUAGAAGAAGCUAUUGCUGUUUUAAGUGUAAAAGAGGCUGAGUUGGACAGACAUCCUGAACGUAGAAUGAAGGCAGCAUGGGAAGCUUUUGAAGAGGCUAAUCUUCCAAAAGUCAAAGCAGAGAACCCAAACUUGAGAUUAUCCCAGCUAAAGCAGCUUCUCAAGAAACAGUGGAUGAAAUCUCCUGAAAAUCCCUUAAACCAGAGGCAUCAGAUUUACAACAUGAAGAAAUAAGACAAUGAAGUGUGCAUCUUUUGUAUUAUAAUAUUUUACAUAUUUUGCUUACAGCAUGUCUUUUUUCAUUGAAAACUGUUCUAACAGCUUCAGUUGCCCAACAGAAAAAGAUAUUCUGGUCAUAAAUAAUGUGUUACAGUGAAAUUCUGCUGAGUUUUUUUGAGUUAAGUCAGUGUAUGUAUCCUUGUUUUUACUCAGAGGACAAUAAAAGAUAGAAUUUUCCAGUGGAUGAA